GGGCCGAAGAUGGUCGCGAAACAGGCAACUUUGCGAGGAAGAGACUAACAUAUGAAGGCGCAUGCCUCGGCGUCGGAUGGAAUUGAUGUUCUAUGGCGCGGGGAACGGGACGUCAGCUACAGAUAUCUCCGCACGCCACCAAACAUGGUUACAUAAGGCCAGCACGUCUCACGCAAGAUGAGACCUUGUUACUAAGUAACCAGGCCACCCGUGUACCUACUUCCUUGGUAUGGACUGCGUUGUUCUCCCAGGCAUCUGUCUUUCCCCUGCCAUUAGAAUAUAGUUACCAUCUCAACUUUGUAGACCCUCUCUUCCCCGCCUGCCACUUCUGCCAUCACUACUAUCAGAUAUGGCAUCGAUUUCCGAGAAACUGCCUUUCAACUUCUCUUUGCCCACUGAGAAGCUUCUAUUAUGGCCCAUCAGCGCUCUUGCUUUAGUUGUUUCUUAUUCUCUGCUCUGUCGGAUGUUGCGUUUUCGAAGAAUGGAACAAAAGCAUGCCAAGUACCCAUACAAGACUCGGGAGUCCUACUCUAAGAUGACUGCUACCGAUGCGUAUGAGAUCGGAAAAUACGUCUUCUCUUUGGAGUUUCCUUUCACGAGCGAGAAGGCGGCGCAGUUUGCUCUAUUUCGGACAUACGGUGUACCGACGAUCAGCAAAACUCUUUGCGAAACAAAGCAGCUUGCGGAGCCGGUCUUUGCCUCCAGGCGAUAUGCCGACACAGCCAUCCUCAUCAACGAAUUCGUAGGAAACGCCCCCGACUCAGACCGGGCAAUCUCCGCGAUAUCCAGGAUGAACUAUCUUCACGAGGGCUAUCGAAAGGCCGGUAAAAUUUCCAACGACGACAUGAUUUACACGCUGGCACUGUUCGUUCUCGAAACCGAUCGAUGGAUACGCAACUACGAAUGGCGACCACUCACCGAUAUGGAACUUUGUGCUUUUGGCACUCAAUGGAAGAACAUUGGCGACGCAAUGGGCAUUGACUUAUCAGCUCUCAAGCAUGGCCCCAACAACUUCCAAGACGGACUCGAGUUCGCCCACGAUCUCGCAGAAUGGGUCGAGGACUACGAGCAAAAGAAUCUAAUCCCAGACCCUUACAACCACAAGCUCGCUAACGAGACAACCGCCAUCCUGAUCUACAACCUCCCUGGCUUCCUAAAGGGCCCGGCAAAGAAGCUGGUGACGACAAUGAUGGACGAGAGGCUGCGGAAGGCGAUGAUCUACCCCGCCGCACCCGCUCCAUACCACGCCGUCAAGAACUUCGCCCUCUCAGCCCGCAAAUUCCUCCUCAAAAACUUCUUCCUCCCGCGCCCCUACUUCCUCCGCUUCAGAGCCUUCACCGAGGAGCCUAACAGCACCGGCCGCUAUGAGCGCACUUUCUACGAAACAGAGCCUUGGUACAUCCCCGAGACGUUCGGGAACCGUUGGAGCCUCGAAGCCUGGGUCCGCUGGCUAGCUGGGCGCCCGAUUCCCGGAGGUGGUAAGUAUAAGCCCGAGGGCUAUCAUUUUCAUGAGGUGGGUCCGAAGAAGAUGGAGGGCAAGGGGCUGGAGCAUUACAAAAUGGAGAAGGGGAAGUUGUAUGCAGCGGGGAGGGGGGGAUGUCCGUUUGCUGUUGCGAAGGGGUAGGCGAGGGACUCAGGUGGAUGGGAUUGAGGUUAUGCUGAUAGGUUUGGACGGGGGGGUUUCUGUGUGCUAGAGGGGAUAGUGUAGCGUGUGCUCGGCCGUGGCUUGAUAUAUGUGUCAUGUGACAUAUUAUCCUGGUUCCAUUGAGAAUGAGCAGCUUGUUUGAUAGUAAAUUCAUACCCUUAUCUGGGUUUUGUGGUCGUG